AUGCAUAACUUGGUCUGCUUACUUGACUCUUCAAUACCCUCACGACUCGUCAACGGUCCAUGCCGAGGAACUCAUAGACUUCCUCUGGAAGGACUGGAUAUUUUGAAGUCCCUUCGACCGUUACCGAAGCCAGUUAAGAAGGUGGAACGUGUUGAGAAACGACCUUCUUCAACAUUUGCCCAGUCAUCUAACGUUCCCUUUGAUGCCCAUGUCCUCGCCCCUUGUCGACACCCGAACUCUGUUGCUCUCCCGUACCUUUGUGUCACCGAUGAAGAAGACGGUUUCAGCCUAAUGAGCGGGUUCGUGGGCCGGGUGGUGCUCGGUUGGCUUGACAAAGUACGGGCCGACCCUGAUGUUCUACCCGCAGAUCGUUUUGCGCGCAGGGACGCGUGCAUGUCGAGGGAAUCGUGGCCCAAAGCCAAACUCCGACGUUCAAACGACUUUCGUGGAGAUCAGAUACCAUCGAUGAUGACAGUUGGGGUUCCGAAGAACAAUGGGAACAAAGCAUUGGGAUCCUCUGCUUCUUUCCCAGCUCAAAACUGUUCAUUCACCUUGGCUGAUUCCCAGCAGCAUGAGAGGUGGUCUCCCUCUAAGAUAGCGAAAGCGACGGAGCCUGCUCUAUUUCAAUUUGAUAUUGAUCUCGCGUAUAACAUUGCCUGGGAGCUACAGGUUCGCAGACCCCAUCGGAUAGAGCGUCUGCUCAACCUGCAGAAUGUGGAAGGCAAGGAACACAUCAGACGGAUGGUGGGCCUUCCAAUAAUGGAAAGACUGACGACCGUUCGAAGGGCACAGAAACGUUCUCUUGUUCAGAUUGUCAGACUCGCUGCGAAGUCCUCUAUGCAGAGCUCUCUUUCUCAAGCUACACCCAUUGCCGCAAAGACAUCAGUGGGGUCAACAUCACCGCAAAUCGAGGAAGAGCAGGAAGGAUUGAGCGCGUUGACACUGACAGUCGUGAUGAUCAUGAAGCUACAUGCGAUGGACACGAUACCACGGAUCUCCGACCCCAUCGUGGCUGCCGCGAAUGAUGUGCAGAAAAACUUUGGCCACAGCGAUCCGCUGAACGGCUGCCUGUACAAACUGGGGUUUCCGAAGAGGACGCAGUCAAGACAAGACCUCUUACCUGCGGAGUACCUUCACGGCCUUAUCUUAGGCUCUGGAUGA